CAUUUUGUGGGAGAGACCGGACAGACGGCACUGCGUUAUUUACCCCCAAAUGUUAAGAAAAUGAAUUCAAAUUGACCGAGUAAAGAACACAUUUUAAAGCUAAAUCAUGUCUGAGUUAUUCAGGUCUGCGCUUGGCCUUUUAGGAGGUGGCCAGGGCGACAGAGGGAGUGAUUUUGUCGGCUCGCAAGUUGAGCUUGGUGAAAUGAAAUUACGGGUGAAGAGAGUUAUUGCAGAAGGUGGCUUUGCGUUUGUUUUUGUCGCUGCAGACAACUCUGGCAGAGAGUAUGCAUUGAAGAGAUUAUUGGCCAAUGAUGAUGAAACUUCUAAAGCAAUUCUUCAAGAGAUCACAAUUCUUAAAAAAUUAUCCGGCCAUCCCAACAUAGUCCAGUUUGUGUCGGCAGCCUCUAUCGGGAAAGAGGAAUCGGACAAUGGGCAGUCGGAGUUCCUCGUUCUGAUGGAGCUGUGUACGGGCGGCGCCCUCGUCGAUGCCAUUCAGUGCAAGGGGGUGCCCUUGACCUGCGAGGAGGUUCUUCAGAUCUUCUUCCAGACGUGUCGGGCCGUGGGUCACAUGCACAAACAGAAGCCGGGGAUCACACACAUGGAUCUGAAGUUGGAGAACCUUUUGGUUGGCCCGAAAGGAACAAUCAAACUCUGUGACUUUGGAAGUGCCAGUUUGAAAUCUUACACCCCUGACGAGACAUGGACGUCACUCAAGAGAAGCUUGCUUGAAGAUGAGCUUGCUCGGCAUACCACACCAAUGUACCGAACACCAGAGAUGUUGGAUCUGUACAGUAAUUUCCCUAUCAAUGAGAACAUGGAUAUAUGGGCUCUUGGUUGUAUUCUCUACAUGCUGUGUUUUGGUCAGCACCCGUUUGAGGAUUCUGCCAAAUUAAGAAUCAUCAAUGCCAACUAUUCCAUACCAGAGUCCGAUAAAGAAUUUGUCGUACUACAUGAUUUGAUUCGUGCGAUGCUGCAGGUGGAUCCACGGAACAGACCACCGAUCGCCGUCAUCUUGGCUCAGAUUCAAGAAAUAGCAGCCGCACGGAAUACCGUUCUGAAAUGUCCCCUGGCGUUGCUGGCUAACAGACCGGCAAGGAGUGCAGCUACACCGGCCAGUCCUGCAAGGAGGCCUGCUGAGACCUCAGCUGAUCCCGCCGCUGACACCGCAAACGGGAGCAGCUUCUUGGGGAUGAUGAAAGGGGGAGCUGGCAAUCUCUUCAGAAAUCUCAAAGACACGUCCAGUAAAAUGGCUCACACUGUUGCAAGCUAUGCCAAGGCGGAGCUUGAUCUAAACUACAUCACGAGUCGCAUCAUCGUGAUGUCAUUCCCAGCCGAGGGUCUGGAGUCGGCCUACAAAAACCACAUUGAUGAUGUGAAGAACUACCUGGACUCCAGACAUCAUGAUCGUUACUACGUCUUUAAUCUUACCCCGAGGUCCUACAGGAAGGAGAAGUUCAACAACAGGGUGUUGGAGUGUGGUUGGUCAGCCAGACGAGCACCUAGCCUGGUUCUUCUCUACACGAUCUGUAGGAAUAUGUACCUGUGGUUGCAGAAAGAUCCCAACAAUGUUUGCGCCAUUCACUGUCUGGAUGGCAAGGCGUCAUCGGCAACUGUCGUCUCAGCGUUCUUUUCAUUCUGUAGAUUCUUCAAGACAACAGAAGCGAGUUUGUACAUGUUCACAAGCAAACGAGGCCCACCCGGCGUCAUCCCAUCGCAGAAGAGAUACAUGGAGUACAUCUGUAAUAUGAUGGACCCAGAGUCACCCAUCUUCCCUCACGACAAAGUCUUGAAGAUUAAGAAACUGUCGCUGAUGCCUGUUCCACUCUACAAUAAAAUGAGGAAUGGUUGCCGUCCUUUUGUUGAGCUGUACUUUGGAGAGGAUCGGAUCCUUACGACGUCACAGGAAUAUGAGAAAAUAAAGGGCUAUGUCGUUGAUGAUGGUUGGGCAGAGAUACCAAUAGACAAGUCCAUCUUUGGAGAUGUGACGCUGAUGGUGUACCAUGCAAGAUCAACAUUCGGUGGCAAAGUGCAGGGAAAGGUGACAGCAAUGAAAAUGUUCCAGUUCCAGUUCCAUGCUGGUUUUGUGCCGGAGGGAUCCCACACGAUACAAUUUACAAAAUACGAUGUAGACUUCAUGGAACAGCCAGACAAGUUUCCCGACCUCUUCAACGUCACCCUGGAGGUGCAGCUGAUGGAUCGGCCGACACUGCCAGAGAAACAACCCCCCUGGGCCACGUUUGAGACCCAGCGUAUCACACCAAAGUAUUGCUUCAGUAAUAAAGAAGAGCAGGACAGUGUUAAUGCACAGUUUGCUCACAUGGACGCUAAAGCCAAAGAGAGGAAAGUUAAAUCAGCAACAGCUUCUGGCGAGAGAAGACCAUCAAAAGAACCAUCCCCACAGCAGUCUAGCCAGCCACAGUCUAGCCAACCACAGUCUAAUCCCGCCCCUGACAACGACAACAAAGCCGGCUUCAUGGCGAAUAUCAACUGGCAAGAUGAGAAUCAGCAUGACAGGGAAGCCAAAGAAACUCUCCUUGAUGACGAGUCCGAUGAUGAGUUUGGUGAUUUUGGAGCAAAGCGGGCGAAGGCUCACCAAGACAUGGUGGAAAAUGGAGUCAGGACUGGUAACUCCACUUUCUUCGCCGCUUUCGAGACAGGUAGUGAAAGCUCGCCAAGUCAGGCACCGCAAGAGCCACUCUUUGAAGCACAAUUUUCACCAGUGCAUUCAAACCAAUCGCAAACCUCAAAUAACGUAGACUUGUUGAAUAUCGGUGGAAGCAGUCAAUCAAAAGACAGCACCUCGAGAGGAGGACCCCAUGUUGAUCUAAUGGGUCCUGGACCAAAAGAUCCAAGCAACUUGGACCUUCUUAACGAUUCCGCAGCUGCCGGGUCGUUACUUGGAGGAGCCUCCAAGAAAGACGUCCCCAGUGAUGCCUUUGAUCCAUUCCAACAACAAAUGCAGAAGCCGAGUCCGGGCACACCUACUGUGGUGCACCAGAACCAGAAAAAACAAGAGGACGUUUUUGACCCUUUUGCCGCGAGUGGAGGAAGGCGGUCACCUGCAAGCCCGGAGAAGGAUGUCUUGUUCAACAUUGGUGAUGCGAGUGAGGACACUCUGUUUGAUCCUUUCAGAGCUGGAGGUGGGACGGCGUCGCCGUCACAUUUAUCGCCACCUCUGAGUGGUCUUCAAAAUACGACGAAGAUGUCUCACAGUAGCGAUAAUUUGCUUGGUGAUUUUGGCGGUUUCUCGUCGGGGGCUUCGUUGUCGUCACCUCAGAAAUCAAAACCAACCCUGAAGCAGAGUCGGAGUGGGCCCAAUUUGGCAGGCGCAGACUGGGGUAACGGAUCACCAACCCACUCCCCAAUGGGCAGAACUCAUAGCUCGGGAAUGGGCAAACAAGCCGGUGGCACACCCACACACCAAGCAAAGACAACCCCAAGCAACUCUCAUGAUCCAUUCGCUGAUUUUGGUAAUUUGAAUUCAAACCUACCAGCGUCUGGUACCACGCCUCCCCCUUCGCAGUCCUCCUCAUUUGGCUCAUGGCAAACCAAGCAAGGCCAAGCCCAUGGUAUGGCGUCACCGAAACACCAGUCGUCGCCAUCCGCAGGGAUGGCUCAACCUCCACCCCAGGCCCAGUCGAGUAAACCCAACUACUAUGCUAGUGGUUUCUCCAGUGUGAUUGGAGGGAGGGAAGAGAGAGGAACAAGGACGCCGUUUGCAACAUUUGGAGCUGGGCCAACCAAGAAAAGUGACUUUGAAGAUCUUCUAUCCUCCCAAGGAUUCACUCACAAGAAAGAUGAUAAUCGGACGAUAAACGAAAUCAAGAAGAAAGAUUUAGUCAGAGAGAUGGAUCCUGAUAAACUCAAGAUUCUUGAAUGGACCCAGGGAAAGGAACGUAACAUCCGAACCCUGAUCUCCAGUUUACAUACAGUACUAUGGGAGGAAGAGAGUAGGUGGAAACAGGUUGGGAUGCAUCAACUUGUUACGGCUGGAGAGGUUAAGAAGUUAUACCGCAAAGCAUGUCUCUGCAUUCAUCCAGACAAGCACACAGGUACGCCCCAUCAGGAGCUGACCAAACUCAUCUUCAUGGAGCUCAACGACGCCUGGGCAGAGUUUGAGGAAUCCGGCGCUAAAUCGUUAUACUAGUCAGCAAACACACACAGCAGCAUAGACAUCUAUUGACCCAAUUCACCUGAAGUCAUCAUCAGAAUAAUCUUUGAUGCAUCCUUUUGGUGGGCAAUGUCACUG